UCAGCAGGUAUUGUGAGAAGUUGAAGCAUGAGAUGAGCCGGGACACCUGCUUCAUCAUGUCAUACGGCCAGCGAGAGGAGACCAGGCUAGAGGACCUUUACACUGACACACUGAUGGAACUGUUGAAUGACUGCAAUGAAAGUCUGGGCUUCUUAGAGAGUCUGGACCAGCUCCUGGGAGACCAUGCAGUCUUCAAUCCCCAAGGUGAAAUCAUCUAUGUUAUGGGGGAUGCCGGUGUGGGAAAAUCAAUCCUCCUGCAGAAGCUUCAGAACCUCUGGUCCAAAAAGGAGCUGCAGACGGAUGCCAUCUUCUUUUUUAAGUUCCGCUGUAGGAUGUUCAGCAUCCUCAAAGAAACAGAGCAGAUCUCCCUUAAAGACCUUCUGUUCAAAUAUAACUGCUACCCAGAUCUUGAUCCAGAUAAUGAGGUGUUUGAUUACAUCCUGUGCUUCCCUGAGAAGGUUCUUUUUACAUUUGAUGGCUACGAUGAGCUUCAGAUGAAUGAUCUGAUGAAUGUUCCUGAAGUGGUGUCACCAGAUGUGAAGGCACACCCCUUCCAGCUGCUCAUCAGUUUGCUCAGUGGGAAGCUACUCAAGGGCUCCCAGAAGGUGCUGACGGCCCGGACAGGGACUGAGAUCCAGAGUAGGGUGAUCAGAAAGAAGGUGGUUCUGCGGGGAUUCUCCCCAGCUCAUCUCAAGACCUACAUUGAUCUGCACUUUAAGGAGCAGGAGCACAGAGAGCUGGUUUCAGUUCAGCUGGAUGCUAGCCCCCACCUGUGUGGCCUCUGCUCCACCCCACUGUUCUGCUGGAUUGUAUUUAAGAGCUUUAGGCACCUGCACACCAUGCAUGAUAGUUUCCAUCUGCCUGAAACGUGCAUCACACUGACAGACAUCUUCCUGCUGCUGUCGGAGGUGUUCCUCACCCGCUCAGCCUCACCUGCGCCGUCUCUGCUGAAGAAAAGCACCCGAUGUGCCUCUGAGACAUUCAAAGCAGGGCUCAGGCCUCUUGCAGCAUUUGCCAAACUAGCACUUCAGGGUAUGGAGAGCGGUAGCUUCAUUUGCACCCAAGAGGAGAUCACUGCAUGUGGCCUGACGGAGGAGGACCUGACGCUGGGCUUUCUAAGACCUGUCAGUGAGUAUGAUGCCAAUGGAAGCCCUGCUACAUUUGAAGUCCUCCAUAUCACCCUCCAGUCUUUCCUGGCAGCAUUUGCUCUAGUGUUGGAUGAGCAGGCUGCUGCCAGCUCCAUCCUCAAGUUCUUCACAGAGUGCAGCAGGAAAAGAGAAGUCUCCUGUCUGCCGUUUAACGUCUGUGUCCGUGGCUCCUCAAAGCCCAGUGAGAAGAAGCCAUUCACAUCCAAUGAGCACCUUCAGUUCACUAAUCUGUUUCUGUGUGGACUGCUGUCCAAGGCUAACACUGGCCUGAUUCAACAUCUGGUAUCUCCUGUGGUACUAAAGAAAAAACAGACCCUGCUAAAAUCCUACCUGUCCACCAGUGUGAAGUCCCACCUCCACGGCUUACCCCACUACAACAGUGAAGAAGGCAAGAAAGUUCAUGUUUUGCCCAACUUCUUGUGGAUGCUGAGGUGCAUUUUUGAGACAGGGAGCAAAGACAUCGCUCAGAUGACAGCAAAAGGCAUCACAGCGAACCUCAUCAAGCUGGGUUACUGCGACGUGUACUCAGGUGACUGCACCGCCCUGAACUUUGUACUGCAGCACCGUCAGAAGCUCCUGGGCGUUGACAUGGACAACAACAACAUCAGUGACUACGGGGUGAAGCAGCUGAAGCCCUCCUUUUCUAAGAUGACAGUAGUGAGAUUGAGCGUCAAUCGCCUGUCUGACAGCAGCAUCGAGGUUCUUGCAGAGGAACUGUGUAAGCACAAAAUUGUGGAGAUGUUGGGGUGA